UGUCAGCUGCUUACCAGUGAGUGACAGGCGCUGCCCCAGUAGGAGAAGGAGUUUGUGGGGCCUGCAGGGCCACAGCAGAGACGCAGGUCCGGGAGGCCUGGCGGGACUCAGGCAAGAGAUGUGGAAUCCGCUGCACGAAAGCGACUCUGCCGCGGCCGCUAUGCGCCGCCCGCGCUGGCUGUGCGCUGGGGCGCUGGUGCUGGCCGCCGGCCUUCUCCUCGGCUUCCUCUUCGGGUGGUUUAUAAAAUCCUCCAAUGAUGCUACUAAUGUUAUUCCACAGAAUAACCAGAAGAGGGCAUUUUUGGAUGAACUGAAAGCAGAGAACAUCAAGAAGUUCUUAUAUAAUUUUACACGGAUACCACACUUAGCAGGAACAGAUCAAAACUUUCAGCUUGCAAAGCAAAUUCAAUCCCAGUGGAAAGAAUUUGGCCUGGACUCUGUUGAGUUAGCCCAUUAUGAUGUCCUCUUGUCCUCUCCGAAUAAGACUCAUCCCAACUACAUCUCAAUAAUUGAUGAAGAUGGAAAUGAGAUUUUCAAUACAUCUUUAUUUGAACCACCUCCUCCAGGAUAUGAAAAUGUUUCUGAUAUUGUCCCACCAUUCAGUGCUUUCUCUCCACAAGGAAUGCCAGAGGGUGAACUAGUGUAUGUUAACUAUGCACGAACUGAAGACUUUUUUAAACUGGAGCGGGAUAUGAAAAUCAAUUGCUCUGGAAAGAUUGUGAUUGCCAGAUAUGGGAAAGUUUUCAGAGGAAAUAAGGUUAAAAAUGCCCAGCUGGCAGGGGCCAUAGGAGUCAUUCUGUACUCAGACCCUGCCGACUACUUUGCUCCCGGAGUGGAGUCCUAUCCAGAUGGCUGGAAUCUCCCUGGAGGUGGUGUCCAACGUGGAAAUGUCUUAAAUCUUAAUGGUGCAGGUGACCCUCUCACACCAGGUUACCCAGCAAAUGAAUAUGCUUAUAGGCGUGCAAUUACAGAGGCUGUUGGUCUUCCAAGUAUUCCUGUUCAUCCAAUUGGAUAUUAUGAUGCCCAGAAACUCCUAGAAAAAAUGGGAGGCCUAGCACCACCAGAGAGCAGCUGGAUUGGAGGUCUCAAAGUGCCCUACAAUGUUGGACCUGGCUUUGCUGGAAAUUUUUCUACACAAAAAAUCAAGAUGCACAUCCAUUCUGACAGUAAAGUGACAAGAAUUUACAACGUGAUUGGUACUAUCAGAGGAGCAGUGGAACCAGACAGAUACGUCAUUCUUGGAGGUCACCGAGACUCAUGGGUGUUUGGGGGCAUUGACCCUCAGAGUGGAGCUGCUGUUGUUCAUGAAAUUGUGAGGAGCUUUGCAACAUUGAAGAAGGAAGGAUGGAGACCACGACGAACAAUUUUGUUUGCAAGUUGGGAUGCGGAAGAAUUUGGUCUUCUUGGUUCUACUGAGUGGGCAGAGGAAAAUUCCAAACUCCUUCAAGAACGUGGUGUGGCCUAUAUUAAUGCUGAUUCUUCAAUAGAAGGAAACUACACUCUGAGAGUUGACUGUACACCACUACUGUACAGCUUGGUAUACAAUCUAACAAAAGAGCUGCAAAGUCCUGAUGAAGGCUUUGAAGGCAAAUCUCUUUAUGAAAGCUGGAAUGAAAAAAGUCCUUCACUGGAGUUCAAUGGCAGGCCCAGCAUUAGCAAGUUGGGAUCUGGUAAUGACUUUGAGGUCUUUUUCCAAAGACUUGGAAUUGCUGCAGGCAGAGCACGUUAUACUAAAAAUUGGGACAUCUACAAAUUCAGCAGCUAUCCACUGUAUCACAGUGUCUAUGAAACAUAUGAAUUGGUGGAAAAAUUUUAUGACCCAACAUUUAAGUAUCACCUCACUGUGGCCCAGGUUCGCGGAGGGCUAGUAUUUGAACUAGCCAGUUCCUUGGUGCUCCCCUUUGACUGUCGAGAUUAUGCUACAGUUUUAAGAAAUUAUGCUGACAAAAUCUACAAUAUUUCAAUGCAACAUCUACAGGAAAUGAAAACAUAUGGGGUAUCAUUUGAUUCACUUUUUUCUGCAGUAGAGAAUUUUACAGAAAUUGCUUCUAAAUUCAAUGAGAGACUCCAAGACUUCGACAAAACCAACCCAAUUCUGUUGAGAAUUGUGAAUGAUCAACUGAUGUUCCUGGAACGAGCCUUCAUUGAUCCUUUAGGGUUACCAGACAGACCUUUCUACAGGCAUGUCAUCUAUGCUCCAAACAGCCACAACAAAUAUGCAGGAGUGUCAUUCCCAGGAAUUUAUGAUGCUCUUUUUGAUAUUGAAAACAAAGAGGACCCUUCCAAGGCGUGGGAAGAAGUGAAGAAACAGAUUGCUAUUGCAGCCUUCACAGUGCAGGCUGCAGCUGGGACUUUAAGAGAAGUAGCCUAAGAAGAUUCUUUAGAGAACACAAACUGAAUUCGUAUGGUAUGUCAGUCAGAAAGAACCAUAGUGCCCAUUUGUUUCCCAAAAUUUUGUAGGAAAAUUAAAUUGAAAGAUAAAGUAAAAAAUAAAAACUUUAUCCACAUAAGCUCCAUCAAGUUCAAGACACUAUUGUAAGUGACGAUACCAUCUUUUUAGUCCACCCUUAAAAAAUUGAGUGUUCUGGGAAUUUUGCCAUGUCAAUGCAAUAUUUCCAUAUUAUGAACUGAGGAAAAUUCAGUGCCCUUUAAACAAUUUUUUUAAUUAGUAAAAAACAACUGAGUAGGAGCUAGAUCAGGACUGUAAGUUGGAUGCCUUGCUGGAUAAGAGGAACAUGCAGGAACAUCAGGAAGAAGGAUUCUCCAGUGUUUUUUUGCCUAACAUUUUGGCUAACCUUUCCAUACCACUCUAAUUAUAAGCAGAUGUUAUCAUUUCUUUUGCCUUUGAGAAAGUGAACAAUGAAUAAUAAAGGUAGACUUUGAGAAUUUUUAAAAACUACUGCCAUGACCUUUACUCUUUACCUGGCUGCUUUUGUUUUGACUGAACCCCUUCCAUCUCCUGGUAUCCCUUGCUUUGAUCAUGCUUUGUUUUCAGUAUUGUUCUGGGAAAGACCUGCUUAAUCUCCUGUUACCAUCCUUGAAAUAAAUACUUUAGAAUCUUUAUCCCACCUAUUUCAAAUCUUCUUUGAAAGCUCUCUUCUAUCUGCAGCUUAUCUGGGUGCAUCAGUUUUGGCGCCCAUAGAGGACCAAGUAUGCUGUACUUUAAUUUUCAGUCGCAAUCAUGUAAGCUGAAAUAGUUGAGAUGUAUAUGGCAUUGGUUAUCAUUUCUGCUCUUAAUCAUUUGUCUUCUGCAAUAAGAGCAUGAGAGCAAGAUUCAUUUUUUUCCCUUGUAGAUUGAUGUGUAUGGUCUACACUGCAGGCUUCAUCUUGAACAUGAUCUUACAGAUUCUUAAAAUGAAUUCUCAGUUUUCAAAUUGAGGAUUUCUUUGGGACAUUGUCUUCAUAAGCUUUUCACAAAACAUCAAUGAUUUCACCAUUCUUCCACCAAAGUUUCACCAUCAGCUUGGUGUUUAUAUAAAUUGCUUCAGUUUUAGCAAAAUUCAUGUUACUCUGACAGAAGCUCUUUUUUUUUAACUGGUAUCUUACUCUUCUUAGUGACACAAACUAGAUCUUGUUCAGACAUUCAAUUUUAAGUUAGUAUGAGUUUACUUAGGUUCAAAUUUUUUUAAAUACUUACAUUGUUUUCCAUAUUUUGCAUAGUGCACAUUUCCAUGAACCUUUUGAAGACUGCAUAUUUGGAGGUUAUAUACACAUUAGUUUUCCUCUCCCUGUGGAUAAAAAAAAUGCACAAAUUUUAUUCUGAUGAUAGAAAAGUAUUGUGAAGUUGAAAAGUUGAACUAAAUAUUAAAUCUAAGGAGAACUGCCUAAUAUAGUAAAGCUCUGAACUGGUAUCAUCAGGGAAUCAAGUUUGAUAUACUUUAUUUUUUAAAAAAUUUUGACAGGCAGAGUUAGACAGUGAGGGAGAGAGACAGAGAGAAAGGUCUUCCUUCCAUUGGUUCACUCCCCAAAUGGCUGCUACAGCUGGCGUGCUGUGCCGAUCCGAAGCCAGGAGCCAGAUGCUUCCUCUUGGUCUCCCAUGUGGGUGCAGGGCCCAAGCACUUGGGCCAUCCUCCACUGCACUCCCGGUCCACAGCAAAGAGCUGGACUGGAAGAGGAGAAACCGGGACAGAAUCCAGCGCCCCAACUGGGACUAGAACCGGUGUUCCGGUGCUGCAGGUGGAGGAUUAGCCUAGUGAGCCACGGCGUCAGCUGAUACAAUACUUUCAAACCUACUCAUGUCAUUGCACACAUAGAAAAUCAACAGUUGGUGUGGAGCACAUUGGCAAAGAUACACAAGGCUGUUCUAAGACUUCAGGCCCUUCCUGGCUGCCCAGUGAUAGAGGAUCACUAUCGUAACACAAAAGUUUGGAAAUUGAUCUAGUCACACUUCUAAUAAAUGUAGUGACUCUGUAACUUAUUACUUUUUAAAAUUAAGCAUUUAUUUUGUAUAAAAGACUAUAAAUAAAAUACAUGUAUAGUGAAAAAUGAUUACUUGAACAUUUGUAAACCCAGUAACUGGACUAGGGAAGAAUCAUUACCAGUAUCUUCAAAUCCCCAAGAUACUGCUGACUAGUUGUGCCUUUUCUGCCAAUGAUAAUCACUUUCUUGAAAUCUUUUGUGUGAUUCCUCUGUUUUACUUUAUAGUUUUGCCCCACAUAUGGUUGCUCCCUUUACGUGUUUGGAUUUUGUACAUUUUUGAAUUUUCUAUUAAUAAAAUU